GAUCCCUAACUGUGCCACUCAAUUCCCCACCCCCACCGCCACUCUCACCCCCACCCCGGGCCACGGUUGUGGGUUCCCCUUAGACCACGUGAGGGCUGUUUACAGGAGACGGAAGCACACAGAGAGAGCAGGAGCUUCUGGAAAACAACUUGUUUUGGAGCACAGAGUUCUGGAGUCCCUUCCAACAAGAGCGUUUGACUUGGAAAGGAGCUGGCAAGGCUGGAACUACAGCUGUCCUGCUGUAAAGGUUCCGGUAGAGCAGUUUGUCUCAGCCUGUCUCCCGUUCGCCCUCCACAUUGCUUUGCUUUCAGUCAUGCAGAAAGAGGAAGAUGUCUGCCUUGAGGCUGACUAUUGUUUGGGUAACACCCUGACCUCCUGGGGGCUGCAUUUCAUGGAGGAGCAGUCACAGUUCACCAUGCUGGUGGGAAUUGGAAUCGGAGCCCUCCUUACGCUGGCCUUGGUUGGCGUUGCCAUCUUUUUUGUGUACAGAAGGGUGAGCAGAUUGCGACAAGCAGAGCCCACUCCUCAGUACAGGUUCCGGAAGAGAGACAAAGUCAUGUUUUAUGGCCGGAAGAUCAUGAGGAAGGUGACCACGCUCCCCAAUACCUUGGUUGGGAAUACUGCUGCACCCCGGCAGCGAGUCAGGAAGAGAACCAAAGUGCUUUCUUUGGCCAAGAGGAUUCUGCGCUUUAAGAAAGAAUACCCUACUUUGCAGCCCAAAGAGCCCCCACCCUCCCUGCUGGAGGCCGAUCUUACAGAGUUUGAUGUGAAGAACUCUCAUCUGCCAUCGGAAGUUCUGUACAUGCUGAAAAAUGUUCGGGUCCUGGGCCACUUUGAGAAGCCGCUGUUUCUGGAGCUUUGCAAACACAUGGUCUUUGUGCAGCUGCAAGAAGGGGAGCAUGUAUUCCAGCCUGGGGAGCCUGACACCAGCAUCUAUGUGGUUCAGGAUGGACGGCUGGAGGUCUGCAUCCAAGAUGCUGAUGGCACCGAGGUGGUGGUCAAAGAGGUUCUGCCAGGGGACAGUGUCCACAGCCUCCUCAGCAUUCUGGAUGUGAUCACUGGUCACACUGCACCCUACAAAACAGUUUCUGCCCGUGCAGCUGUCUCGUCCACCAUCCUCUGGCUUCCUGCAGCAGCUUUUCAAGGAGUGUUUGAGAAGUACCCUGAAACUCUGGUGAGGGUAGUGCAGAUCAUCAUGGUACGGCUGCAGCGGGUGACUUUCCUGGCUCUGCACAACUACCUGGGACUGACGACAGAGCUUUUCAACCCCGAGAGCCAAGCCAUCCCUCUCUUGUCAGUAGCCAGUGUGGCAGCGGGACGCGCCAAGAGACAGAUGUCAUAUGGCCCAGAGGAGCAACUUGAGAGGUCCCCAAGGUCCUUGGAGUCCAGCAACUCAGAUCUUGAGAACAUUCACCUGACAGUCUCUGGGCCUCUGCUGAAGAGGAGCUGCUCUGUACCUCUGCCUUCCAUCCAUGGGGAGAUCUCAGAUGAGCUCAGGCAGUCCCAGGGAAGAGGCUUUAAUCUUUCAGCCUCCCAAGAAAGCCACGAGAGGGUCACCUCAGACCUGGGGAUGGCAUACAACCGUGCCAGGGUUUUGCCACACUCAGAUGAGCAGCUUGGGAACUCUGUGGCCAGCAAGUCGAAGAAAAACGUGAUUGUUGCAGAGACCCCCUCUGCCAUCUUCCACUACUCAGAAAAUUCCUGGGAUGAUACUGGGGCCAGUGGGAAGACAGAUGCUAUCUUCAAAGCUGCCAUAAAGGACCUCCUUACCCUGAUGAAGCUAGAUGACCCAUCCCUGUUGGAUGGCCGGGUGGCAUUUCUUCAUGUUCCUGCAGGCACCAUAGUAUCCAAGCAGGGAGAUCAGGAUGUCAAUAUCUUGUUUGUGGUCUCCGGGCUGCUGCAUGUCUACCAGCAGCAGAUCGACAGCUUGGAGGAUACCUGCCUCUUCCUCACACACCCUGGGGAGAUGGUGGGACAGCUGGCAGUGCUCACCGGAGAGCCCCUGAUGUUCACCAUCAAAGCCAACAGAGACUGCAGCUUCUUGUCCAUCUCGAAGGCCCACUUCUAUGAGAUCAUGAGGAAACGGCCAGAUAUCGUCCUGGGCGUGGCACACACAGUUGUGAAGAGGAUGUCAUCCUUUGUACGGCAGAUUGAUUUUGCUCUAGACUGGAUGGAAGUAGAGGCUGGGCGUGCCAUAUACAGGCAAGGGGACAAGUCUGACUGCACAUACAUCGUUCUCAGUGGCCGGCUGCGCUCUGUGAUCCGGAAGGAUGAUGGGAAAAAACGCCUGGCAGGGGAAUAUGGCCGCGGAGACCUUGUUGGUGUGGUGGAGACACUAACCCACCAGGCCAGAGCCACCACCGUGCAUGCUGUCCGGGACUCAGAACUGGCCAAGCUGCCAGCAGGAGCUCUGACAUCCAUCAAGCGCAGGUACCCACAGGUUGUAACCCGACUGAUUCAUCUCUUGGGUGAGAAGAUCUUGGGCAGCCUCCAGCAGGGAUCUGGAACAGGUCACCAGCUUGGGCUUCACACAGCAAGCAGCAAAUGGGACUUGGGGAACCCACCUGGCAACCUGUCCACAGUAGCAGCAAUGCCUGUGUCUGAGGAUGUGCCCCUAACUGCCUUUGCUCUGGAACUCCAGCAUGCCCUCAGUGCCAUUGGUCCUGUCCUGCUGCUGACCAGUGACAACAUCAAACAACGCCUCGGUUCUGCGGCUCUAGACAGUAUCCACGAGUACCGCCUGUCCAGCUGGCUGGGGCAGCAGGAGGACAUCCACCGGAUUGUGCUCUAUCAAGCAGACAGCACACUCACACCCUGGACCCAGCGCUGCAUCCGUCAGGCUGACUGCAUCCUCAUUGUGGGUUUGGGUGAGCAAGAACCAGCAGUAGGUGAGCUGGAGCGGAUGUUGGAGAACACAGCUGUGCGUGCCCAGAAGCAGCUAAUCCUGCUGCACAGAGAGGAGGGUCCAGGGCCUGCCCGCACAGUGGAGUGGCUCAACAUGCGAAGCUGGUGCUCCGGCCACUUGCACCUCCGCUGCCCACGCCGUGUCUUCUCCAAGAGGAGCUUGCCCAAGUUGGUUGAAAUGUACACACGAAUUUUCCAACGACCACCAGACCGGCACUCAGACUUUUCCCGCCUAGCACGGGUGCUGACAGGCAAUGCCAUUGCCUUGGUGCUUGGAGGGGGUGGAGCAAGAGGCUGUGCCCAGGUGGGGAUCCUCAGGGCCCUAGCAGAGUGUGGCAUCCCAGUGGACAUGAUCGGAGGGACUUCCAUUGGGGCUUUCAUGGGUGCUCUGUUUGCUGAGGAGCGGAGCUACAGCCAGAUUCGGAUCCGGGCCAAGCAGUGGGCAGAGGAUAUGACAUCGAUGGUGAAGACUAUACUGGACCUGACCUACCCAAUUACAUCUAUGUUUUCUGGAACUGGCUUCAAUAGCAGCAUCAGCAGCAUCUUCGGAGACCGGCAGAUUGAGGACCUGUGGCUCCCCUAUUUUGCCAUCACCACUGACAUCACAGCCUCUGCCAUGCGGGUUCACACAGAUGGCUCUCUGUGGAGGUAUGUUCGUGCAAGCAUGUCCUUGUCGGGCUACAUGCCCCCUCUCUGCGACCCCAAGGAUGGACACCUGCUGAUGGAUGGGGGUUACAUCAACAACCUCCCAGCGGAUGUGGCAAGAUCCAUGGGGGCAAAGGUUGUGAUUGCUAUUGAUGUUGGCAGCCGGGAUGAGAUGGAUCUCACCAACUAUGGAGAUGCCUUGUCUGGAUGGUGGCUACUUUGGAAACGCUGGAACCCCUUGGCCUCAAAAGUCAAGGUGUUGAACAUGGCAGAGAUUCAGACACGCCUGGCCUAUGUGUGCUGCGUCCGGCAGCUGGAGAUGGUGAAGAACAGUGAUUACUGCGAGUAUCUGAGGCCUCCCAUUGAUAGCUACCGCACCCUGGACUUCGGCAAGUUUAAUGAGAUCUGUGAGGUCGGGUAUCAACAUGGGCGGACAGUGUUUGACAUCUGGGUUCGGAGUGGCGUGCUGGAGAAGAUGCUGCAGGACCAGCAGGGGACAAGCAAGAGGAAGGACUGUGGGGUGCUCACCUGCCCCAGUGCCUCCUUCACGGACCUCGCUGAGAUCGUGUCACGGAUUGAGCCGGCCAAGGUGGCUGCCGUGGACGAUGAAUCUGACUAUCAGACAGAGUAUGAGGAGGAGCUGCCAGACAUCCCCAAGGACACAUAUGCUGACUUCCAGAGCACUGGGGUUGAGCUGGACUCUGACUCGGAGGAUGAGCCUUCAGUGUGGCAAGAGCCCUCAGGCCUGGCUUUCCCAGAACAGACCCAGGACUCCUGCCCUUGGCUCCCUGAUCCAAAUGAGCAGGGGCCAAGACCUUAAUGCCUUUCCUGCCUGGACUAAUACAAUACAGCACAGUCCUCCCCUGGGCCUGACCCCAAGACUGAGGAUGCACCUGCUCCUCGGUGGCUACUUCAGUUGCCUGACAAGAUCAAGCUUGGAGGUGUAUCCAUCCGGUUUCUUCCAGGGACAUGUGCUGUGUUAGAGGAGUCAUGGGCCUCUUCUCUUGGCCGGCACGCCUUAUAUCCCCACAGCAAGCGAUACUGAGGGGCUCUGAAGCCUCUGUGAGGCAUGGGGGCAUGGGAUUGACAUAUUAAUAAAAGUCAAUCUGAUUGUGUCGAUAUUUCA